AUGUUUUUAAGAACAUUUAACACAAAUCAUGCAUUUUUAUAUGUUGCUUUGAAUGGAGGACUUCAUAUUCUACAUUCGCAGAAUAAUAGAGUUGUUAUACUAUUAAAGACACCUAUGUAUGACCUUAAAGAAAAUUUUUCAGAACUGCAAUUAUUUUGUUGA